AGGGAGGCGGCGAUGGUGCGCACGGUGGCAGCAACGGCGGCUGCGGCGGCGGCGGCAGCUUCUUGGGUCGGAUUGCCAGGAAGGGAAGAUGACUGACCAACCGACUGGUUGAAUGAAUGAAUGGCGGAGCCGAGCGCGCCAUGAGGAGCCUGCCGAGCCUGGGCGGCCUCGCCCUGUUGUGCUGCGCCGCCGCCGCCGCCGCCGCCGCCGCCUCGGCCGCCUCGGUCGGGAAUGUCACCGGUGGCGGCGGGGCCGAGGGGCAGGUGGACGCGUCGCCGGGCCCGGGGCUGCUGGGCGAGCCCAGCCAUCCCUUCCCUGAGGCGACGGCUCCCACGGCGCAGGCCCCGCCGACCGGUCCCCCGCGCUCCACGGCCCGCCGACCCCCGGCUGCGACGCUUCCAGCCCGGCCCCCGGAGACCACUCCUCCCCGGGCGACGACGGGACCCGCUGCGACCACCUCUCGGGCACCGCUCGGUCGCUCGCCGACCGCUCCUCCCGACGCGGAGCGCACUCCCACCACCCCCGCGGCGCCGACCGCCCUCUCGACAGCCACUGACCCGGCGCCCGCCACCCCUGUAGCGACCACUGUUUUGGCGCCGACCGCUUCCCGGACCCCGAUCCCUGUCCUCAGCAGCAGCAGCAGCAGCAGCAGCAGCAGCAGCAGCAGCCGCGUCCCGCCCACCCCACCUGACACCGAACCCCCCUCUGCUCCUCCCCCAGAGUAUAUAUGUAACUGCUCUAGUGUUGGAAGCCUGGAUGUGAAGCGCUGCAACCAGACCACAGGGCAGUGUGAGUGUCAGACAGGUUAUGAGGGUCUUCGCUGUGAAGCAUGUGAGAAGGGCUUUUACCUGAAUUCCACUUCUGGCCUCUGCCUGCCAUGUCACUGUAGUCCCCAGGGAGCCCUCAGCAUCCUUUGCAACAGUUCUGGAAAUUGCCAGUGCAGAGUGGGUAUCACUGGCUCUACGUGUAACAGAUGUCAAGAUGGAUAUUAUGGCUUUAGUAAGAAUGGCUGCUUGCCUUGCCAUUGCAAUAAUCGAUCUGCCAGCUGUGAUGAUCGUACAGGUGCUUGUUUAAACUGCCAGGAAAAUAGCCAAGGGGAUCACUGUGAAGAAUGCAAAGAAGGAUUUUACCAGAGUCCUGAUAUCACUAAAGGAUGUCUUCGAUGCCCUUGUUCAGCAGUGACAUCUACAGGCAAUUGCACAAUAAAAAUGGAUGAAUUGGAACCUACAUGUGUCCAGUGUAAAGAUGGUUACACAGGCAAGAACUGCAAUAAGUGUGGGAAUGGCUAUUACAAUUCUGACAGCAUCUGUACACCGUGCCAGUGUCAUGGCCAUGUGGAUCCAACUAAAACUCCUAAGAUUUGUAAGCCUGAGAGUGGUGAGUGCAUCAGCUGUCUCCAUAACACCACUGGGUUCUGGUGUGAGAACUGCCUGGAAGGGUACGUUCGAGAUCUGCAGAGAAAUUGCAUCAAGAAAGAAGUUAUUGUUCCAACACCCGAAGGUUCUACCAUUUUGGUUUCCAAUGCCUCUUUGACCACAUCAGUGCCCACCCCUGUUAUAAAUAUUACCUUUACCCCCACAACCCUGCAGACUACCUUUUCAGUAAGCUCCUCUGAAAACAGCACUUCAGCGUUAGCUGAUGUAUCAUGGACCCAGUUUAACAUCAUCAUUUUGACAGUCAUCAUCAUUGUGGUGGUGCUGCUGAUGGGAUUUGUGGGAGCUGUAUACAUGUACCGUGAGUACCAAAACAGGAAGCUCAAUGCCCCCUUUUGGACCAUCGAGCUGAAAGAAGACAAUAUCAGUUUCAGCAGCUACCAUGACAGCAUUCCCAAUGCAGAUGUGUCAGGAUUGUUGGAAGAUGAUGGCAAUGAAGUGGCUCCCAAUGGGCAACUGACCCUGACGACACCCAUACAUAACUACAAAGCCUAAGGAGGUAGAGCUGUUCUCCUGGGUUGUUUAAAUCACAGUGCUUACUAAAGCAGCAUUACGCUCUGGGCCAGACAAAGGCUGGACAGAGUUUGCUGUGAAAUGCAAAUAGUUUACCUGAACUUGUCAGGUACAGAUGCAGUGUGCUUAACCUAUCUGUUGCUUUUAGUUUCCCAUGAAGAUCUGAAGCAUUCGUGUCAUUAAGGACUUGAAGUAAAGUAUAUUUUUGUAUCAAACCACAUGGGAGUAUGGAAAGGCUGAAUCUCCUAGUGCAGCCCGAAUCCACUUGGAUCUCCAAGUAGACCAUUGGAGUACUCAUCUCACAGCAGGGUGGAGGGCGAAGGGACUGCUGCAAGACUUCAUCUCCAUUCCUGGAACAGGAGCAGGGAUUGUAUUCAUUGUACCAUGCUAAAAGACACAAUGGAAGAAAAGCUGGUGUCUAGGCUGGAUUAUAUUAAACAAUCUUGAUUAUAUCUAGACUAGGGUCAGAAAGGUCCCUAGAAGAUCUUUAGGGCUUGAUUUUUCCCCCCCUCCUAAGAUUCCCACUGGGUGGUGAGAUUAAAGCACAGGAUAAGCUUUUAAUGGUGAAGGCAGCAUUGAGGGAGCAGAAAGCUGACGGUCCUCCUCAGGGGCUCAGUGUAAAUGAUAAGUUAUCUAAAAAUAAGGAAUAUUCCUGCCUCUUUAAAAAUAAGGACUAUUCCUAUCUCUAGAAAAAUAAGGUGUACAUAGUUACUGUAGCAUAUCUGGUCAACAUUGUAUUUGUAUCUAUUUGUAAAAAAAUCAUGUCAUAUUUUAUCAUCUAGAAUUUAUUUGUACAGCAGUUAAUGGUGUUGUAAAAAGGAAAUAUGGGGAUUGAUUAAAAUACUGUAAAAUAGGAGGCAAUAUUGCUAGAGCUGGGACUCUGGUGAGCAUCAGUCAUUUUUAGUCCCUCUUUGGACACUGUUGAAAUUUAUAAGAGGUUGAAUGUUUCUAAUUUUGCUUUCUUCUCUCAACCUAAAAGUAGAGCUAUAUGCUCUUUAACUUACUGUAGAUUCAAGCAAUAGGUUUUGAAGUCAGUAAUGGUUAAACUAGGACACAGACUUCAUUCUCCAAAACUGUCACCUAACUAGAUCCUAGUCAUUCUAUAUGUUUCACAUAGAUUGCUAUAAAACAUAUCCUCAUUAAAAUAUUUUUCCUGAAUGUAAAAGAUAGUCUUCCGAAAGAUAGAAAUAUUUGAGUUCCAAAAGAAAAGCCAUCAUAUCACCUGAGAUCGCUAGUUUUCAUGCCUGAAAAACAUUUUUAUCCUCCCAUUCCCCAAAAUAACAAAUGUCCUACAUUUGAACAUACCCUAUCACUGAUUUAUCAUGAGAGAUGUCCCAUUUUCUUCAGUGCUAUAGUUCUUCCAGCUUCUUGUCUGGUUAGAGGGUGGCUCUGUAGUUGGGUGUGUAUAGUUAGUCCUUUCUUUUAGAUGCAGGUUUUUAUUUCACAGAGGCUAAUUGCUAUUGCUCUCAUCUAUUAUGAUAUGGACAGGCGUGGAUUAAGCAAGCCAAGAAAGGUAGCCAGAAGUUGAAUAUAGAUAUUUACUAGGAGGAGGAAUGACAAGCUGUGAUGUGGUCAAGGAAAA